AUCCAGCGGAGGACUGAGAAAAGAGCAGACACCAGACAGGACGGGUGGGGUCAGGAAAUGCGGUCUUUGCCCUCGCAAACCCCCAUUGGUCAAUCGACUGUCCGUGGAACAUUUUCCUUGACGUUGAUUGGCUGCGGCGCUCAGCGACUUCCCCCCGAUUGGCUGAAAACAUUACGCCGUCUGUGGGCUGAGAACUAGAUGAUUCCGUUGGUUACUGACUGCGAGCAGAGAGAGAGAGAUUGAAGGGGCUGGGCCCACAGUGGAGAAAUGGCGAGAAUGGUUAACGAGAACCGGUGUGGAGUGGAAACACAGAGCACGGAGACGGAGGCACCGGGCCGGCCUUCGGCCAGAUGGGGUCCACAACACGCCGGGGCCCAAGAACUGGCCAAUUUGUACUCACCAGGCAAAAGAUUUCAAGAGUGGUUAUGUGUCGUCCUCUGCUUCUCACUCAUGGCCUUCAAUUUCAUUCACAUUCUUGCCAAUUUCCACCUGGGUCAUCUGUGCUACAUUCUGUUGAGCAUUGUGGCGGGAAUACUCACGGCAGACUUUGCAUCAGGACUUGUUCACUGGGGAGCUGAUUCAUGGGGAUCAGUGGAUUUACCCAUCUUUGGAAAGGCCUUUAUACGGCCAUUUCGAGAGCACCACAUCGACCCCACAGCCAUUACCCGUCACGACUUCAUUGAGACCAAUGGUGACAACUGCAUGCUGACCAUAGUCCCCCUAGCAAACAUGGCCUACAGCUUCCUCACCCUCUCCCCUGAGAUUUACCGUCACUACCCCUGGUACUGCUACUUGUUCGCGUUAGCCAUCUUUGUGACCCUAACCAACCAGAUUCACAAGUGGUCGCACACAUAUUUUGGCCUGCCUCGUUGGGUUGUGUUCCUCCAGGACUGCCAAGUCAUCCUCCCCCGCAAGCACCACCGCGUCCAUCACGUCUCGCCUCAUGAGACGUACUUCUGCAUCACUACAGGUUGGCUGAACUACCCUCUGGAGAAGCUGGGUUUCUGGAGGAACCUGGAGGAUCUUAUCCAGGCUGUAACGGGAGAGAAGCCCAGGGCGGACGACCUGAACUGGGCUCAAAAAGUCAAGUAACGCCGCAGGCUGACUGCACCCUACCUCAGAAGACCCUGGCUCCGUCCAGGCUUCUCAUCCCCCUUUUUUUUGCCUCACAACAACUGUAAUCCAUAGAAAGAAAAACUAACAAACACUUUCUGAUGCCAUAGCUUUACGUCUUGCACAUUAUGUCUGUUUUUCCAGAGGAGGGCUCUGUCGAUGGAUCUUUUUCAUUACUCACUUGUGGAGACCCUCAUUUCAAAACGCAAUAUAUCCUCAACUCUUUGUGUGUCUAAAAACAACUCAUCACUUUUUUGAGGUGAUUUGCAAAUGCGUGUGCUCAGAAGGUAUAUGCAGAUACUUUAGUUACAUACAGUUGAUUCUAAAUAAUUUCCAAGGAGAUGCAAAUGUUUCCCUCUCUCCCAACAAUCUCCAAAAAAAGAAUACUUGAAAGAGUGAACGCUUACUUUUUUCUCUCCUUCAGAGACAGAACUGUUCAUAAGUUUGGUUAUGUUUAGCUUCUGCUUUUUAUUAUCUCUGGAUAAGUCUUUGCAUCUCCACCUCAUCAAGGGUCUACUUGUUGUGCAAGUAACACCAUUGGAUUUAGGCCAGGGCAAGUAGUCGGGCUUGGGGGAUAUUGGAUUUUUGGAUGCUUUCCCAAUGUUGUUAGCUAAAGAACAAAAUGGUUAAUUACUUUUGUCGAUUUCUUGCACAUUUAGGUUCAGCUGCACACUUUUGGAGCUGUUUUGUUAGAGAGGUGAUGACAAUAUUUGAUGGAUUAGUCAUGGAUUUGUCACUUUAAGUUACAAAGGAAGAGUCAAUGCUACUCUAAAGCCAACAUCAUCCCUCUAGGAUGCUAAAUGACAGAUCUGACAGCUCAUAAAACGGGUUUUAAUUUACACAAACCAAAACCAAAAACCAAAUUGCUCCUAUUGCUGUCAGAUUAUAGGCUGGCAUUUUGAUUUUAAUUUGUUAUGUUAUCUGGCCAUUGGAACAGUUUGCAUUUCUGUCUUCUAUGAUGGGAGGAAACAAAGAGGAUGAGUAAUUUGAUCUGAAAAAGUGGCUUUGAAAUAUAUGUAACUGUCGUCCGCAUUGAUGCUAGGCCUUUAGAAAUUUGGGCAAAUUACACAUGUAUCAUGCUGUUGUUCUGCAGAGUCAGCGGGCCCUACUGACGAGUCGAUGACGAGUUUGUAUUUGACUCCUGAUCAACAAACCGGUUUGCAGGAAAGAGGCAGACACAGUUUUGUCUCGCUGCCUUACACACCACAGAUGCAGUACUUGUUAUGUCUUAGUUUUUUUUUUUUCCAUUUAAAUGUACUUUUGUGUUGUUGCAACCGUAUAUCUGUCUUUUGGGGGUUUUGUGUCUUACUUAGUCAGACACAGAUGCUCCAAAGUCAUGUGCCAACAGUGUGUAACAUUGUUUUCGCGCCUCACGUCCUGCUAUUGUUUUGUAAUGUGGGAAGGAGCUGUCAUUUUUCAGAGCGCAACAUUCCCUGUGAGCAAUGCUGCCACCGUGUAUCGUCUUGGUAACUGCCAAGCAGAUUUGGGGGAUGUUACAAGGGCUUCGGUGACCGCUCACGAUCCAGGAAUUUCUUCACGCCUCGAGAUUAUGUUGGAGAUUGUUUUGAAUGCUUUAGUCAGUCAUUUGUAAAUGUUUUGUGCAGCGAAUAACUAUGCAGGCCCUUAACCAUAUGUCUUAACUCAUCUGAUUUAGGUUAAAAUGCCUUUCUUUUUCUACCAGUUAACACAUAUUUGCUUUUUCUGUUGGAAAACGGGGGGCUUACAAAAUGUGCUACUUAACCGGCAUGGCACAAAUACAUGUACUAUAAGCGACACAGAUGUAAGAAUGCGUGCAUGCGUACAACAUGUAAUAUACUGGGUCACCAGUUUCCCUUUGAGUUUGUGCACAGCACACGUCGUCUGUAGCUUUGUCCUCGUUCCAUAUGAAGUCAAUUGUGCUGCUUUUAAAAGAAAACCCCACAUAAUGUUAUGUAAUAAAUCUUUUUUAGGUUUUAAAUUAAAGGAGCUAACCUCUCUGUCAGUUGGGUUGAACAGGUGAAAAAAAAAUCCUGAAUUAGUGAACUUGAUAUUGUACUUAUAGUAGAUAGUUCAAAUAGCCAAAAUGAUUUUUUGAUAUAAUGUAAUCCAUUUUUUAAUCCUUCAUACUUGAUUAUAUACAAUUACUCUCCAUAGGUCAAAUACAGACAUCCACUGCAGAUUGCCUAGUGCUUCUAUUGUGAGACGCUGUUUUCUGUGUGCAAGGCACUCUUUGCUGGUAAAGGGACACAAUUACCUUUCACUGCAUCAUAGUUUAAGGCCUGCGUAGUAGUUCUACUUUUGUAGCUUUUUUAAAUCAGUAUUAGGGGAAAUAUAGUUUGGGAAACUAGACCCAUACGUAUGAAGGUUGACAGACAACUUGUUUUAUGAAUAGGAGUUUUGCCAUCGACUCUACUGGAUGUUCUGGAACGUCAGCAAGUUCCUUUUUGUGAUGCUAUAAAAGUAAUAACAUCUUCGACGACAUGUCGUGUUUUUGAAAAUACAAUAUUAAAAGGAUAAUUGCUAUAAAUACUAGACAUGCAGUAAUAAGUUUGGAGAUUGCUACAACUGACAACCUCGCAAUAAAUAUGUAUGUUGAGUUCAGAAGGCACCACAUAGCAAUCUUAAACUUGGAUACAGGCUCGCCAUCAUCGCUUCUUGUCAUAGUUGGGAGUCUGGUUGCAAGUUUAGAUCGAACAUACAUUAACUUAUUCUUCAUUCUUAUUCUCCAGAUGAUCUCAAGAUUGUGGUUAAGUCUGUUAUUAUGAAAUUGUGAAAAAAACAAGUUAAGGCCUUUUAAUAAAUAAAAGUUGUUUUAGUCACUCUUUUCCUUA